CACAUAUAGCUUAAACCCUAUUUGAUUAUUAUUCCAUCUGCUCUACAGCUUCCUUAUCUUCAGUCUGUUCGAAGCAUUUCAUCAAACAUCCAUGGCUUCGCUGAUUUAGCCGGAAAAUACUAGGUUUCCGCUUUAAUUUGGUGCCGAGAAAGUUCCUGGUGGAAUUCUAAUUUCAUCUAAUCUUCUUACUGUCCUUAAGGUACUGGAAUAUUUAUCUUUGGGCCUUAUUGGGGUCCCCUCUAAUCUUGUGGUCUGCUGGUUGCCUAUCUGCAAUGACCUGCGGCAUCAAUAGUUUCAACAAUCUUAACAGAGCAGUAGUAAAGCCAUUUCCUAAGAGGAGGAAGUACAGAAUUGUAUUGCUGAGAUCCUUUUACACUUUGGCAUCGGCAUGUGGCACGUCCAUCUCCUCUUUUGUCCAAAGGCCUUCAUCGUUUGUGUUGACUGGCUGCCUCAAAUCCCUGGAUGCCCCACAACGAUCUGAUGAAUGGUUUGCCCUUCGUAAGGACAGGUUAACGACAAGCACCUUCAGCACUGCUUUAGGGUUUUGGAGAGGCAACCGCCGUUUUGAGCUCUGGCAAGAGAAAGUUUAUUCUGAAGAUGAGCAACUAAUUGAAUCUGCUAAAAGGUUUGCCAUGGAUUGGGGUGUUCAAAAUGAAGCAACUGCUAUAGAUCGCUAUAAAAGCAUCACCGGUCGUGAUGUUAGCUUGCUGGGUUUUGCUGUACAUCCAGAAGAGAGAUUAGGUUGGAUUGGUGCCUCUCCAGACGGGCUUUUAGAUGGCUACCCAGGAGGUGGGAUUUUGGAGGUGAAGUGUCCCUAUAACAAAGGAAAUCCUGACAAAGGGCUGCCCUGGUCAAAAAUGCCAUUCUAUUACAUGCCUCAAGUGCAGGGUCAAAUGGAAGUAAUGGACAGGGACUGGGUAGAUUUGUACUGUUGGAUGCCUAAUGGUAGUACUGUUUUUCGUGUAUGUAGAGAUCGCGAGUACUGGGCAUUGAUUCAUGGAAUUUUACAAGAAUUCUGGUGGGAAAAUGUCAUUCCGGCAAGGGAAGCUCUUUUACUGGGAAACAAAGAGGAAGCUGAUUCAUAUAAACCAACAUCAACACAUAGACAAACAGGCCUUGCAAUUAGUAAAAGCUUGAAGUUGGCUGGAGAGGUGAAACUUUUGUGCAGGGAGAUAGCAGGUCAUGUUGAGUUCUACCAAUGUUGAACUUCGUGUACCAAUUUUUUGGGUGCGGAAUGGAUUCAAUGUUUUGGUUAAUGUCCCUCUCAUGUGUCAAAUAUCCUAGUUCAGAUGAAUGCUGAUUCUUUAUUAGUAAUUCAUUUGUUGUUGCAUGGCUACAUUAGUGUACAACUGAGUGUCAAAAGGAUGCCUUUUAACUGUAGUACUACUUGCCGGGUUGUCUGAGAAUGUUAUAUAUGUGUUAGUAUCUAAUCUUCAUUGGCAGCUCUUCUCUUUCAAAUAUUAAUUGCUAUUCUUUGUACCUAAUCCGAUUCGUCUAAUUCAUUGGAGUAACAUAUACAUUGAAGGCAGUUGGGGAGAAGAUUCACAGCAUUUAUUAUCAUUUUCGCACUUGAAACAAUCUCUGUUCAAUUUUAGAAGGAAAAAAUCUAUUUUUGUCCGCUGUCUCUGUUUGGUAGGUGAAAAGCACAGUCCUAUGCUACUCCUGCAAGAAGGUAAAUGAUGUUGUGCUUUUCAUUCCUUUUGAAAGUUUCGCUCUAAAAUGAUCCGUUGACUUGUGAUCUUGGAUUCAUUUUUGCAGCAGCUGCAUAGACCUGGCUCUCAUAACAGUUUACAUUAGCUUUCAAGAGCCAAAUUAUGGAAAAAUUGGUAGUAUGAUGCCAAUGAUGAUGAGGGGGGAUAACAGCCAAGGCCGUUGACACUGUCAGUUAUUCUGAAAUGUGGUCCAAAAGUAGCUUCUGUUAAAGAGGAUUUUCUGGACUCGGUCAGAGAUUGCCCCUGUACCCUGGUAAAUUUUUAUUUGAUGGCGUCAUUAUGAUUUUUCGUGGCCAAUUAUAUUCAUUUUCCAUCUAAUAAAAUUUAUGUACCAGCAUAGCAUUUCCGUUAGCUGUUUGAUUAAAUUUACUUAACAGUUUGAUUAACUUGUUUUGACUGGUUGUUUGUGUCUAUUGAUUAAGAUCACAUCUACAAAACUGCAGGGUGUUUAUACACAGAGAAACUACCUUAGAAAGGAUGUGUUAUAUUUGCUCAGGCCCAUUUGUUCCGCGGGGAAUUGCCACCUCCGGAUGACGGUGGUGACUAAGUUUGUCAGCCUCAGGAGUGGCAAGAAAGGUGGUGAUGGUGAUGCAAUCAGCCAGUCAAGGUGGCAGCAGUGCCAAUGGGCCAACGGCGACAAGGGUAGGGUGGGUGGUAGUUAUAAGAACUGAUAUGGUCUCACAUGAUCAGAACUAAUGUGAAUUUCAUGUUGCCCAUGUUUUAAAGAUCACUUUUGUUAACUCCAUUCUAAGCAUUUCCCAAGUGAACUGGAUAUUUUGAAAAGUGAACUGCAUAUGAGCAAGCCAAGAGAGGGAUGAAAUCAUCACGGUUUCAGUACUCUUAGGUGCGAUUAAAAGAAAUCGAUACAGUUUUAAGAUACUCCCUCUGGUUUUUAAUAUAAGACAUAUUGAUUUGUCAUAAAUUUUACCUAGU